GAAUAGCUGGAGAGGUCAGUACGUCGAUACACCUGCUUGCUGAUACCUGAUAACCUUUCGUCUACUUGGUGUGAGAAGGACCCAUGGACGGGAAUUCGAUGUUCAGAAUUUGGCAGUGUCUUAUUUUAGCUACCCUGGCAGUGGGUGGUUCUUGUGUGAUGUUCGCAAAUUCUCUCUCACGAGUGGGACGUUUGGAUGGCAACGUCACUGCAACCGUCAAGGCUGACCGUGGGGUACUUUCUUGCAUAAUGACCUGCAGCGAUCUGAACGCUGCUGUUAGCGACAGGUGCAGAGCUUUCAAUUUUCACAAACCAGGAGCCACCUGCGAGAUCUUGUCGUCGGCCCUUUGCGAUGGCAGCGAUAACAAGACCCUCAUCACCACUGACUCUUCUUGGAGAUACUACGACUUAACCAACGAUCUGGAUGAGGACAAUGCAGUGACCUUCAAAGACAAACCUGUGUGCACAGAGUUCGGGAAAUGUUCUGGCAAAUGCAGCCGCCAAAUCAAUCAAAGCUGCACUCACGACGAGCAAUGUUUACAAGUGGCUGAGACGACCCAAUGUACGGCAGUUGGAAGUUCUCCUGGGAUUUGUAAAUGUGAAGGCAGCUACUGGGCCUACAACUCUUCCCUCUGCCUCCCCGAAAUAAGCUUCAAAUCCUUGAAGACAGACUGGCUGUGGAAGAUGAUCGUCAACAGUAUGUGUGAGGUGAAGGUCACAUUAACGAUUUCAGCACCUUUACAGUUAAGGCUUCAAAUUGGGGCUGAUUACUACACCGGCUCCAGUUACUAUGGAAUACACCUGGGAUAUCCGAACACUUCAAGCUCCCUGAUCGUCAGAGAUGGGUCUUCAGUACAAGUGGUUUUGACACCAGGACUACUCAGCGGCCAACCCCAGAACUUCACAAUCAAAUGGUGCAGUGCAGCGAUCAGGUUUGGCAAAGAAGGCGAAGCUCCCUUCCUGUCCUGGACCGAUACUACUCCCAUAACCCCUAUACGAGGAAUGGGGUUCUAUACCACUGGUUACGCGAGUUACAUUUUCCAACAAAAUCUUGUUGAUCCGUACUACCCAUACAGUCAAGAAAGAGGAGAAAUACGCACAAACGGGUACCAUUGGCAUACCGUGAGGAUUACGCCAGAUGGAAGCCCCGUUAACAGCAUUACUGAUUUCACUUUCAAAUGCAAAACGUUAUACGGUUUCACGGUUAGACUGGGAAAAUUUGACGGUGGAUACAGCUACCAGAUACAAAUCGGUAGAAACUAUAAUAAUCAGUCGGCUAUAUAUAGCCAGCGUCAUAACCAAGAUGUCCAAGUUGUCACUUCCUCAGGCAUCCUCAGCAGCUCUGUGUACAGGGAUUUCUGGAUCAAAUUCGUAGGACGAACGAUUACAUUCGGUCGUGUUGGUUAUUCUGCAACGUUGAACUGGAGCGAGUCCAUCGACUUCAGCCUGACCCACAUUAGCCUUUAUUCAUGGCGUAACCAGUAUGGGUACUUCAGCACGGAUUCCUUCCCCCAGUUUCACGACUAUCCGCACGGGGCUUACGUCUAACCAACUCAGAACUGCUCUGAAAGGCACCUUAUGACCACAGGUAUCUAUUUCCCUUUAAUGACAAUGACUUCAUUGGAAUAUGAUUAUCUUCAUGAGGAUUGGGAGUAAUAGGGUUCGUACUCAAAGCAGUCUAUUGACUUGGUACAGUAUUACUCGAUUUUUCACUUGAGCAACUUAAGUGUUGGAUGAAUAAUGAUGUUUCCUACAGAAUGACCUCAGACCUUGGGAAUUUGUUAAUUAUGCCAAAGUGUACACUCUCUCUCCCUCUCACGCAAACCUAAUGAUUAAUCCCACCUACAAGAUACAUAUGAGGUAAAGAAUUCGUGUGAAGAGUGCUCUGAGCAAUAGAAAACGUCUGUGCUUGUCAAAAAAUGAUGGCCCCUAAUUCCAAAGAAAACAUUACGGCAUUCUAUGCUCCUCAGCUGCAUCCAGACUGCCUUCUCCCUCGUUCAAGCAAGAUGAUAAUGGUACUGAGUUAUCACGAAGGUUGUUAUUUCCGGGGACGAAGUUGGAAUGACUCAUGCUGCUGUUGCCCCAAUAAAUAUUACUACAUAUUCAGUUAUAAUAAACGAGAAAGAAGGACUCUUUUUCACUACAAUCAUAAUCAACCAAGAAGAAAAUCGUGGAAUCUCUGAGCAACCGCUAUUAUAAAUUGAUCAAAACUACUUAUUUCAGGAAGAUCAUAAAUCAGAAAAAGAAAAUGUCACUUCACAGUAGUUAUUUGAAAAGUGACAUGUCAAGGAAAUCAAAGAUGUGUGAUAAGUGAAACAGUAUCUGCCUUCUGCCAUGUUGAAGAUGAAUUAAUAACUACUAUAUUUUCCCUGCUUGUUUGUGAAUUAGGGCCAUCAUUGUUUGCGUGGAGCAUGUUUUAAUAUGGUAGCCAUCGUGAACAUCUCACCUUGACUGUAUUGAAUGAAAUAUAAGCAUCCAGUACCCUUGACAUUUAUUCACCUUCAAUUAUUCUAACUAUUAACUCAAAUUAUCUUCCUCGCCUGAGUCGUUCUCAUUGCCCUCUCUCUCUCUCCAAAGUGGUUUGUUUGUAAGGUGCUUUUACGUUGCAUGGAACCAGUGCUUAUUCAGCAACGGGACCAACGGCUUUACGUGACUUCUGAACCACAUCGAGAGUGAACUUCUAUCACCAGAAAUACACAUCUCUCACUCCCGCGACACCGAGGUGGGAAGCUAAUACCAUACCAACCACGCCGCUGAGGCGCUAAAGUGGUGGACAGGCACGCCGAGUCUUUCUCACUGGUCUUGCACUGAGAACGAAUGGCUUUUUUGGAGAUAGUUAACAUCGGUGUUGCUUUGGCCUGUUAUCUACACCGUCAAAAUAUCUACAACGCACAAAUUCAAUUUUGGCUUGUUAUCUACGGUCAA